GGGGGGUGUCAUGGCGGCCGUCGAGGUGGCAGCGGCCGGCGCUGCCGGGCGGAGCCGCUGAGCGAGGGGAUGCGCACGGCUCCGGCGGAGGGCUCGCCGGGAGCGCACUGCUGAGCCCGUGUCGGAGCUUCGACCUCCCCGGCGAGGAGAAGAGAGGAAGCGGCCGCCCCCUUCUCGGAGCCGGUGCCGCCCGGCGCGGAGCCAGGAGCUGUUGAGCGCGGAGGCCCGCAGCCGGCCGAGCCAUGGCGUCGUGGCUGGGCGGGCUGGGCUCGGGGCUCGGGCAGUCCCUGGGGCAGGUGGGGGGCAGCUUGUCCUCGCUCACCGGCCAGAUCUCCAGCUUCACCAAGGACAUCCUGUUGGAGGGCGCGGAGGAAGUGGGCGAUACAGCAACAGAGCUACACGUGUCCAAUUCCAGACUCAGAGAAAUAGAAAGUAUUAAUGCAGCACAGAAGUCAGAAAACGAGAGACUGAAAAAAGUUUGUAGUGAUUUAGAAGAAAAGCAUGAAGCAGCAGAGCUUCAAAUAAAACAGUUGUCUGUAGAGUACCGAAAUCAGCUGCAACAGAAAGAGGUGGAAAUCAGCCAUCUAAAAGCUCGACAGAAUGCAUUACAGGAACAGUUGCAGAAACUUCAGACCGCUGCUCAGUCAGCACAGUUAGGAGGCGGUGUUUCACAACCAGCCACUACAUCAGCCUCCUUUGUUCCCGUGGUUAGACAUUCCUCAGGUUUUGAAGGCGAUGACAUGGAUUUUGGGGAUAUAAUCUGGUCUCAACAAGAAAUAAACAGAUUAUCCAAUGAAGUUUCUAGACUUGAAUCUGAGGUUGACCACUGGAAGCAGAUUGCACAGUCUUCCAAAGUGCAAGGAACAAAUGAUGCUGAACAAAGUGAAAUAUGCAAACUGCAAAAUACCAUUAAGGAGCUCAAACAGAACUUGAGUCGGGAAAUAGAUGAACAUCAGCAUGAACUUUCAGUGUUGCAGGAUGCACACAGACAAAAGCUAGUAGAGAUAAGUCGUCGACAUCGAGAAGAGCUGAGUGAAUAUGAAGAGCGAAUUGAAGAACUUGAAAAUCAGUUACAGCAAGAUGGUGUAAGCACUGAUGCCAUGGUUGACUCUAAAAUUAGUGAACAGAAAAAGAGUGCUCAGAAUCUAGAAGGAGAGAAAGCAGAAGACUUGCACAUUAUAAAGGACCUAGAGGAUGAAAUAAGAAAAUUAAAUCAGAAAUUAUCUUCUGCCAAAGAAGAAAACAAAAUUCUUCUGAAAGAGCAAGAAUUGUUAAAGGUAGAAAAAAUCCAAAUAACCCAGGAAUACGAAAGUCUAAAAUCUGACUUCAGUACACUUCAAAGUUCUGUUGCAGAGCAAGAUGCUCUCUUGAAAGAACAGGAGAAGUCUCAGUCCAGGACACCGCUACCAGAAGAUGUUGUCAGUCUGCAACAAGCACUGUUAGAAGCAGAAAGAGAAAUAGUGAGGCUUUCAAGUUUAUAUCAGGAGGAAGUUGAGAAGGAGCUGCUAAAUGCACAACAAAAAGAUGAUAAUAUUAUUUCUGCAUAUAAUGAGGAUCAGAAUUCAGAAUUAAGUCAGUUAAAGCAAGAUUUGGAAAGGAAAGAACGUGAAUUAAACGAAAGUAUUGCUGAAAGGGAAACAUUAGUAGCAGAAUUGGAAGAACUAGACAAGCAGAAUCAAGAAGCUACUCAGCAUAUGAUUACUCUGAAAGAGAAGCUGUCAAGACAACACAUAGAAACCGAUAGCAUCACCAAACAGCUGAAAUUUGACAUAGAUGUUGAAAGAAAGAAAGUAGCAAAAUUAGAAAUGGAGAAAAUGGAAACUGUUAAGGAGUUAGAUAGUCAGAAAGAAAAACUAAGCCAGUGUUCAUAUGCACUUAAUGAUUUGCAUAUAAGUAAGCAGCAACUUCAAGAUAAUGUUAGAAACCUUCAGGAGCAACUGAAGAAGGCCCAGGACUGUAACUUGCAUAAUAAAAAAGAGAUUAGAGAAUUGCAGCAAAGACUAAAAGAAAGAGAAGAGGAACUUUCUCUGUCCUUGAGCAAAUUAACAGAAAAUACUAAACAGGAAUCUAACCACAGUAGUCAAGAUCUGAUUCUGAAAGAAAGAGAAGUAGAAAUUGCAAAACUACAGAAUAAACAACUGGAAAAUAAACAACUAAAUGAAGACUUAGAGAAAUCUCUGUCUGAUCUCAAAACAGAAAAUGGAAAGCUAAUAGCAGCCUUUGAAGAACUAAAACAGGAGUUAAAUGAUGCAAUUUCUGAGAAGAAUAAAGUUUACUUAGAAAAAGACACAAUUGUGGAAGCUUUGAAAUUGGAAAAAAGGCAUUUAGAAACAGAAUUAAACCAGACUGAAAAACAACUUUUUGAACAAGCACAGAAGUAUGAGAAAACUAUUGAGGAAUUAUCAAAUGCACGUAGUAUGGAUACCACUGCCUUGCAGCUUGAACAUGAACGCUUAGUUAAACUCAAUCAAGAGAAAGACUUUAAGAUGGCAGAACUCAAAAGGAACAUGGAACAGAUGGAAGUUGACCAUCAAGAAACAAAAGAGAUGUUGACUACUAGCUUAGGAGGACAAAAGCAGUUGACAGAACUCAUAAAUGAAAAAGAGGAAUUUAUUGAAAAACUUAAAAAUCAAGCCUCACAGGUGAAGAAGGAACUUGAGGAAUAUAUGGAAGUUUCAAAAAAGCAGGAUAUCUUAAAACAAAAUUUAGAGGAGAGAGACAAAAGUCUUGCUAUCAUGAAGGAAGAAAAUAAUCAUUUGAAAGAAGAAAUUGAACGUCUUAAGGAUCAGCAAAGUCGAGCUACACCUGUGGUUGAGCCUAAAACUCUAGAUAUUAUUAUUGAACUUGAAAGUGAGGUGACACAGUUAAAAGUGAUAAAGAAUAAUCUUGAAGAAGAAAUAGAAGCUCACAAAAAAACAAUAGAAGACCAGAAUCAAAAAACAGUGCAACUUCAACAGUCCUUGCAGGAGCAAAGAAAGGAAAUAGAUGAGUCCAAAUUUCAGUGUGAACAAAUGAAUGUCAUACAUGAAAGACUCUCUUUAGAGAAAGAUGAGGAAAUUAAAAAUUUACAGAAAACAAUUGAGCAAAUUAAAACUCAGUUGCACAAAGAGAGACAGGUUAUUCAAACUGAUUCCACUGAUCUUUUUCAGGAAACAAAAGUUCAGACACUUAAUGGAGAAAAUGGAAAUGAAAAACAUGACUUAUCUAAAGCUGAAAUUGAAAGACUAGUAAAAGGUAUCAAAGAAAGGGAGAUGGAGAUUAAGCUUCUAAAUGAAAAGAAUGUUUCUCUAAGUCAACAAAUUGAUCAGCUGUCUAAAGAUGAAGUUGGCAAACUUACUCGAAUCAUUCAAGAGAAAGACUUAGAAAUACAAGCUCUCAGUGCUAGAGUUUCCUCAGCUUCCUAUCGGCAGGAUGUUCUUGUUCUUCAGCAGCAGCUGCAAGCUUAUGUCAUGGAAAGAGAACAAGUACUAGCAGUUCUAAGUGAAAAGACGAGGGAGAACAGUCAGUUAAAAACUGAGUAUCAUAAGAUCAUGGAUAUGGUGGCCGCUAAAGAAGCAGCUUUGGUAAGGUUGCAAGAAGAAAAUCAAAAAUUAUCUAAUAGAUUUGAAAAUAGCAGUCAAGACAUGUUCCGAGAAACUAUUCAAAAUUUAUCCCGUAUCAUUCGAGAAAAAGAUAUUGAAAUAGAUGCUCUCAGUCAAAAAUGCCAAACCUUACUGACUGUCUUGCAGGCAUCCAGUACGGGUACUGAUAAUGGCUCAGGAGGUGUUAACAGUAACCAGUUUGAAGAACUUCUACAAGAACGUGAUAAAUUAAAACAGCAAGUAAAGAAGAUGGAAGAGUGGAAACAGCAGGUCAUAACCACAGUUCAGAACAUGCAGCAUGAGUCAGCUCAUCUCCAAGAAGAGCUACAAAAGCUUCAAGCACAGAUUUCAGUUGAAAGUGAUAGUAAUUCAAAAUUGCAGGUAGAUUAUAAUGGCUUGAUUCAGAGUUAUGAACAAAAUGAGAAAAAACUAAAAAGUUUUAGUCAAGAAUUAGCACAAGUUCAGCACACCAUAGGACAGCUUCAUAACACCAAAGAUCUUCUGCUGGGUAAACUUGAUUUGGUAACACCAUCUGUGACGAUGGCUUCCAUCAUUUCACAACCUUCAGUCAUGCAAAACAGUGCUCCUGAAGUACUCAGUGAUGAAUCUAAACUCCUUCAAAAGGAAUUGGAACAACUGAAAAAAAAGUUGCAAGAAAAAGAUUCAACUAUUAGGACUCUUCAGGAAAACAAUCAACGAUUAUCUGAUUCUGUGGCUACAGCAUCAGAGUUCGAAAGAAGGAGUCAAGAGGAGACAGAUUCAGAGAUGAGGCAGAUCAGAGAAAAACAUGACGUUUUACAGAAAUCUCUUAGAGAAAAAGACAUACUGAUUAAAUCUAAAAGUGAUCAGUUACUUUCUGUGAGUGAAAAUCUUAGUAACAAAGAAAAUGAAAAUGAGCUUUUAAAACAAGCUGUGACUAAUCUCAAAGAAAGGAAUUUAAUUUUAGAAAUGGAUAUUCGAAAACUGAAAGAAGAAAAUGAAAAAAUAGUUGCACGGUGUAGGGAAAAAGAAACAGAAUUCCGAGCACUUCAGGAAACUAAUAUGCAAUUUUCAAUGAUGCUGAAAGAGAAAGAGUUUGAGUCCCACUCAAUGAAGGAAAAAGCUCUCGCUUUCGAGAAACUACUGAAAGAGAAAGAACAGGGCAAAACGGGGGAAUUGAAUCAACUGCUAAAUGAGGUUAAAUCAAUGCAGGAAAAGGCUGUUACUUUUCAGCAAGAGAGAGACCAAGUCAUGGUAGCACUCAAACAGAAGCAAAUGGAGAGCAGUGCCCUACAGAGUGAGAUACAGCAUUUACAUGAGAAAGAGCAGCGCCUAAAUCAGGAACUGGAGAGGUUACGUAACCACCUGAUAGAAAUGGAGGACUCCUAUACACGGGAAGCCUUAGCUGCAGAAGACAGAGAGACCAAGCUAAGAAAAAAAGUUUCUAUUUUGGAAGAAAAACUUGUGUCUUCAUCUACUGCAGUGGAGAAUGCCAGUCAUCAGGCUAAUCUGCAGGUUGAAUCUUUGCAAGAGCAAUUAAACCUGGUUUCCAAGCAGAGAGAUGAAACAGUGCUACAGCUUGCAGUCUCUCAGGACCAAGUGAAACAGUAUGCAUUGUCACUGGCCAACCUGCAGAUGGUACUAGAGCAAUUCCAACAGGAAGAAAAAGCCAUGUAUUCAGCAGAGCUGGAAAAGCACCAAAAAGAGACUGCAGAAUGGAAAAAAAAAGCUGAAAACUUAGAAGAAAAAGUUGCAUCGCUACAGGAAAAUUUAGAAGAGGCGAAUGCUGCACUGGAUGCAGCAUCAAGGCUUACUGAACAACUUGAUGUUAAAGAGGAGCAGAUUGAAGAGCUUAAAAAAGAAGGUGAGAUCAGAAGAGAAAUGUUAGAAGAUGUACAAAAUAAACUAAUGAAUCUCAUCAACAGCACAGAAGGAAAAGUGGACAAGCUUCUGAUGAGGAAUCUCUUCAUUGGACAUUUUCAUACUCCAAAAAAUAAACGUCAUGAAGUGCUAAGGUUAAUGGGAAGUAUCUUGGGUAUGAAAAAAGAGGAACUUGAUCAGUUACUCUGUGAAGACCAGAGAGGAGUUACGAGAUGGGUGACUGGUUGGCUUGGUGGAGGAACAGGAUCAAAGAGUGUCCCGAGCACACCUUUACGACCAACUCAUCAAACUGGUUUUAAUAGUUCUUUUUCAGAACUGUUUGUGAAAUUCCUUGAAACAGAAUCUUGCCCAAGCCUUCCUCCACCCAAGCUUUCCGUUCAUGAUAUGAAACCUUUAGGAGCAGCAGGAGCUGCUAAAACUAGCAGUACUCCAACCAGCAGUCAAAUACCAGAUUCUGGAGUCUCAGGAAUCAGCAGAAGACCAGAUACGAAUCCAUUUCUAGCACCUCGAUCUGCAGCAGUGCCUCUCAUAACACCUGCUCCUAGUUCUGGGCAUCUACUUAUGAAACCUAUUUCAGAUGCUUUGCCUACUUUUACGCCACUGCCAGUGUCCCCUGAUGCCAGUGCUGGUGCUGUACUAAAAGACCUCCUAAAACAAUAAAUGACCUUGAAGCGAUAUGAUGUUGAUAGCACUUUAAGGAAAAUGAGAACACUAUGCUAUAUAUAAUUUACCACAGUGAGGCCUUCUGUAUAAAGUCGUAUACUUGUUUGCAAUUGAAUCUUGUUUUUCUUUUAAUUACAAACUAAUGUAAAUUUGAAUGAUUGCAUGCAGAGUUGCCUUCUUUGUAGCAAGUAUUCAUUUGGGACGUAGGUUAGAUUCUGUUGCUAGAUUGUCACGAGACAGUUUGAAAGAUUUUUAAACACUAGUUUUACUCUUGAGUCCUUUCAGUUAUGCAGAUACAGCAUUAAUUCUUUGGUGUUGAGGUCCUUUUUUCCAUGAAAAUGAUCUGCCGUUGGCAACAGAACUUCAAGAACCAGAAUUUAAAACAAAUUAAUAGAAACACCUAGCCAAAAUUGGACUUAUUUGAGGUGUUGAAUUAAUGAUAUAAACUCCAAAGAGUGAAAAAUUGAGUAAAUGGGAGUGUGAUUAUUGAGUAGCUGCACUUUUCCCCACAGAGAAUUCAUUACGCUUAGUUGUAUUAAAACAUGUAUCUCUUAUUUACAGGAUUAUUCAUUUUGGGGGGCAGUUUGGGGUGCAUUAAUCUCUUUUGCACAAGGAUUUAAUUCCUUUUCCCCCAUCUAGUAACUGCUUUCAGUAGUCAAACCCAUCAGCACCAAGGAGUUAACUGUGGGAGUGCUUUAUUUUUUAGAGAUACGCAUGUGAUGAAGGGUGGGUAAUUUAGCAAUAGAUAAGUUCAUAUAUGUAAAGACACGCUAUUGUAAUGGUCUAAGAUGUAUAUUUGACAGACUUUUUAUCUUGCUGUAUUUUGUAGAUACAAAUAUAGGCUUGAAGCUUUAAGAUAUGUAUAGAAUUUAAAGGGAAGAACACUCUUGCUUAUCCCAAAUAUGUAAAUAGGUCUUUGUAAGACCAAGGCCAAAGUCAAUUUUUCUGUAAAUUUUGCUGCGAUAAUUUGUACACAUUGUUGGCAAGUAAAGAAUGAUGUUGCACACUAAAGGGAAAAAUUCAUCUUGUAACAACAGUUAAUCAAGAUAAAACAUCUUCAUUUCAAAGUGUGUAAUUUCUAAACCUUUUUAUAUGCCAUUGUUUGUUUAGUCAGUGUUGAAAGAUAACUGUUGUGCAGGUUCUAUAUUAGAACUUUCAACCUUUGCUUCUCAUUAAGAUCCUGGAUUAAGUUGUUGUGUUAUAUUUAAAUAAAAUUAAUCACAGAAACUUGUACAGAAUCAACCAAAAUAAUGCAAGAAAUCUUUGCAUUUAUUUAUGUAGAGGUCAAGUAGUGAAUUUCUUUUGUUGCCUUGAAAUCUAGCAAAGUUUAUUUUAAUUACUGUACUUACCUUGAGAACUGGAAUCCCUUUUCUCUAGUAUGUCAGUGUUUCGUGGAAGACUUACGAAAAUUUGUAAAUGAUCAUAUUGGAUUUUUUUUUAAAAUUUUUUACUCCCUUAAUAGACAAGGUCUAUUGGCAGUCUGACUUCUGUCAGAAUGGCAGCCACACAUAGUGUACCAAAGUAAAUUCUGCAUUAUGUAAUAAAUGAAAUGAGAAUUUAAAAUUACCUCUUCUGGAAACAUUUCAGUUUGGUACCUCAAAUGUACGUCUUUAUUUAAACUACUGGACUGGAAUAGGUAUUUUUUUUUCUAUAGCAAAUAUAAAGAAAACUGAAAUCGGAUGUCUUCUAUGCAGUCUUUCUUGUUCUUGUAAUCAUGUUUAUUUGAAGAUGUGCAACUGCUUCAGAAUAAAAUUGCCUUCGGGUGAGCUAAAGCACAAAUAAAUGUUUUGAAAAUCAUGUAUGUAACAUAUUACAAAUGGAAUAUACUAACUAAGCAGAUCUUAACUUCGCUGUAAUUUUUUUCUUCAAUUUUAGAGAGCUUAAUAUGUAUGUGUUUCUCUUCCAGGAGGCUUUAUAAAUGCCAAUAAACAAAGCAUGGUGAGAC